UUCACCUUAUCCAAAUCUGCUCCUCCCCACUAACUCUUCUCCUUCCUCUUCAAUCAUCUCCUUCCUCUCUGUAAUCACUUCUUCACCAAUCCCAAAAAAACCUCUCACAAAUCGCUUCUCUCUGUUUCAAUGGACACAUCUCUCUCCCACCACAACUCCCUCUCUUUCCUCCCGUCACGUCGCAACUCCGUUAAACGAAACCUCAGCGGCUGCGAUUGCGUUGUUCUCCCUUCGCGUCGUAAGGUCCGUUACGAUUCGUUGGUGGUGAUUGCAGCUUCAGGAGCGGGAGCUAGCCUCGACGCGCCUCUGGUUCCACGCUCGGCUCAGGGGAGGUUUCUAAGCAGCGUGUUGGUUAAAAAACGGCAGCUCUUUCACUUCGCCGUCGCUGAUUUGCUUAAACAACUCGCCGAUGAUAAGGAAGCUGCUUUGUCUCGUAUGUUCCUUAGUUCUGGUUCCGAUGAAGCUUCUCUCCACAGAAGGAUAGCACAACUGAAAGAGAGUGAUUGCCAAACAGCAAUUGAAGACAUAAUGUACAUGUUGAUCUUAUACAAAUUCUCAGAGAUAAGAGUGCCUCUUGUUCCAAAGCUUCCCAGUUGCGUGUACAAUGGAAGACUCGAGAUAUCGCCUUCAAAAGACUGGGAACUUGAGUCAAUCCAUAGCUUUGACGUUCUUGAACUCAUCAAAGAACACAGUAACGCAGUCAUCAGUUUAAGAGUGAGUUCGAGUUUGACUGACGAUUGUGCAACAACGGAGAUAGAUAAGAAUCAUCUCAGUAAAGUAUACACAGCUUCGGUUUUGUAUGGAUACUUCUUGAAAUCCGCUUCCUUAAGGCACCAACUUGAAUGCUCACUAUCACAACAUCAUGGGAAUUUCACCAAGCAACUGAGACAUUACAUCUCAGAGUUUGAUCCCAAGAUAUUGCAGAGAUGCGCAAAGCCAAGGUCACACGAAGCGAAAAGCCUGAUAGAGAAGCAAAGCUUAGCUCUUUUCGGCCCUGAAGGAAACAGCGAAGAGAGCAUUGUGACAUCGUUUUCUAGCCUGAGGAGGCUGCUUCUUGAAGCUGUGGCAUUCGGUACGUUUCUAUGGGACACAGAGGAGUAUGUAGAUGGUGCUUUUAAGCUCAAGGAGAAUGAAAAUGCAGAAGAAGAAGAAAAUAGCAGUGUGUGAAUGAUCAGUUUGAUUGAAGAAAAUCUUGAAAUAUCUUUUUGGUGGAUAUUGCAUAUAUAGAGAAAGAGAACGAGACGAAAGGUUUCUAUAGGGUCAAUGACUAUAUGAAAUUAAUUUUGCCUAUUGUUUGCAAUAAUUAUAUGUAUACUAUAGUUUAUAACGAAUGAUUAAUAGAGAUUUGUUUUGUUACUCUUAUAU